UGUGUCGGGCAACUGCCGCCGUGAUUUGGGGGCCCGGGAAGAGCCGGCGUGGGGGAACGCGCCCCGGGCCGGCCUCGGCAGCGGCGAGGCGGGAGAACGGCGGGGGCUGCGCCCGCACCCCGCGGAAGAUGCGCCAGUGCCCGCGCCCCGCCUGAGGGAGCGGCGCUGCCGCGGCCCGCGGAGUCACCAUGCAGCAGAUCCCGCUGUGCGCCGGCUGCAACCAGCACAUCGUGGACAGGUUCAUCCUCAAGGUCCUGGACCGGCACUGGCACAGCAAGUGCCUGAAAUGCUCCGACUGCCAGACGCAGCUGGCCGAGAAGUGCUUCAGCCGCGGGGACGGCGUCUACUGCAAGGAGGACUUCUUCAAGCGCUUCGGGACGAAGUGUGCCGCCUGCCAGCAAGGCAUCCCCCCGACCCAGGUGGUGCGCCGGGCCCAGGACUUCGUUUACCACCUGCACUGCUUCGCCUGCAUCGUCUGCAAACGGCAGCUGGCCACCGGCGACGAGUUCUACCUGAUGGAGGACAGCAGGCUGGUCUGCAAGGCAGACUACGAGACGGCCAAGCAGAGAGAGGCUGAGUCCACGGCCAAGCGGCCCCGCACCACCAUCACAGCCAAGCAGCUGGAGACCCUCAAAAACGCUUAUAACAACUCGCCCAAACCGGCGCGGCACGUCCGGGAGCAGCUUUCGUCGGAGACGGGGCUGGACAUGCGGGUGGUGCAGGUCUGGUUCCAAAACCGCAGGGCCAAGGAGAAAAGGCUGAAGAAAGAUGCUGGGAGGCAGCGGUGGGGUCAGUACUUCAGGAACAUGAAGCGAUCCCGGGGGACCUCCAAGUCUGACAAGGACAGCAUCCAGGAGGAGGGACCUGACAGCGACGCCGAGGUCUCCUUCACAGAUGAGCCCUCUAUGUCCGAAAUGAGCCAUUCCAAUGGGAUUUACAGCAAUCUCAAUGAAGCGUCCCCUGCUCUGGGGAGACCGGCUGGCACCAACGGGAGCUUUGCUCUGGAUCCCAGCGGCAUCCCAGCUCAGGACCAGUACCACGACCUGCGCUCCAGCAGCCCUUACGGGAUACCCCAGUCACCAGCUUCCUUGCAAGCACUGCCAGGCCACCAGCCUUUAAUCUCCAGCUUGGUUUACCCCGACAACGGUUUGGGCAUCAUGGGACAAAGCGGACAAGGGGUCCCCCAGUCCAUGAGGGUCCUGGCCGGGAACGGACCCAGCUCCGACCUCUCCACCGGCAGCAGCGGGGGAUACCCGGAUUUCCCUGCCAGCCCAGCCUCUUGGCUGGAUGAAGUCGACCACGCUCAAUUUUGAUACAGGGUCCACCGCCGCGCAGUGGGAAGGGAAAGGACUCGGUGCUGUUAAACGUCACCUGCUCUUGGAAACGAAGGAGGGACAAGUGGUGACUGCGGAGCGGGGCAGGAAGGCGUGACGCCGCGGAGAGAGCGGGCGUGCUGUCGGAGGGCGAGCCAGCGGCGGGCGAGCGGAGGGCGGCGGGCAGAGGCCGUCGCACCGCAGCGGUUUAGCAGACGGAGCGUCCAAACGAGCCUGGUUAUUGUGUCUUUACUAAACACCGAGACUUGUGCUUUACAGAUUUGAUAUAAGGUAUUUUGCUUUCUGUUGUCAGUGCAUUCUCCAAAGCAAGGACUUGCUUCAUCACCCAUCCACACCGAAACCUUUUUAAGAGAAAAUAAAGUCCUCAUCCACGGUAAAAGGUGUGACAAUGUCUAUAUUUCUAUAGGAGAAAUGUUAAUAGUGAAUCAUUUCAGAAAUUCAUAGUAGAAAACAACUCUGUUCUUCCAGCAUAUUUUUUAAAAAGCGCAUCGAUGCGGUAUGUUUUGCUUUAUUUUGAAUUUACGUUAACUUUUCUAAAAUGAAAUGCUCUUUAACAUGCCAAUCAUUUACCAACAACCCUUUUCCUUUGUAAAAUGAAAAUCAGAUGUUAAUUCUUCUUCUCAUCUUUUAAAUUUGUAGAUUGCUAGUUUUAUUCUUCCAUAUAAGCAUUAAACCGUGGAUAGAUGUAUUUAUUACCAAAUAACUACACUUUUAUCACGAGGUCAAGAGGUGAUUUUUUUCUUGACCCAGGAACACUAGCAGCUCUGGGUUGUGAAUCUUAUGCUUUUCUUUCAAAUGCGUUUGCAACAGUUUUACUGCAAAGUGUCUCAAAAAUCACCCUGAUGUCUUGUUGCCAAAUACCUUCCCGGGGGGGUCUCUCAGCUGGGGGGUUCGGCUGGUUUUGUUCCAGCCGUUCUGCGGGCACUGCUGGGAGCGUGCCGGAGCGAGCACACGCUUUCCUGGUGACACAUUUGUGUAUUUCUGCAGAUAUAGUGCGAGCUGAUUGUGAGGAAAGGCAAGACAAUAUGUAUAUCGUUCUCUGUAAAAAAAUUAUUGAAUUAACUGUAGAUUAUGUGAAUGUCCAGUGUCUUUUAUUUAUAUUCUCGCUUUCUCUCUGAUGAUCAAAUACUUCAAGAUUACAAAU